UAUUGAGUGGCAACACACACACAUAAAAGACUACUACAUUAUGACAGUAUAAGCUGUAAGAAAUGCCAAAAGUGGGUAUAUUUCAUUUUCUUGGACUUUUGUCUAACUUAUUGUAUUCAAUAUUCAUCUCCAAUUUAAUAAUCUGAGGCAUCAGAUCUUCCAUUCAGAUUAGCAUCUUCAUUUUUUUAUUCAAAUGACCUCCUCCAACUCAAAUUAUAAGAACCAAAUUCCUUUCACAAAUUUUUAUUAUAACUAAGAUGGAAAUCACUCCCGACACUGCAAAGCCUAAUGUUGAGGAUGAUUUAAGUUAUGACAGAGCCAAAGAAGUUAAGCAGUUUGAUGAUACAAAGGCUGGUGUUAAAGGGCUUGUAGACUCUGGCGUGACUAAAGUUCCCAAAUUCCUCAUUCAUCCUCCAGAGAACCUCUCAAAUGACUCACGACCGCCCCACAAUGGCAAUGACAACUUCCGAGUUCCGGUCAUAGAUCUCGGAGGCCAUGAGGAUUGCGUGAGGAGAGCGGAGAUAGUUAGGGAAAUCCGUGAAGCCUCGGAGACGUGGGGAUUCUUUCAAAUGGUGAACCAUGGAGUGCCCGACGCCGUCUUGAACGACAUGUUGGAAGGCGUUCGGCAAUUCCAUGAGCAGCCUAAGGAGAUGAAGAUGGAAUGGUACUCGCGGGAUCGUCAGCGAAGAGUGAGGUACUACUGCAAUGGAGACUUGCUGGUGUCGAAAACCGCAAACUGGAGGGACUCCAUCGCGUUCGAUUUCCAGGAUGGUCCUCUAGAACCCGACGCAUUCCCUUCAGCCUGCAGACAAGCGGUACAAGAAUACAUGAAACACAUGGUAGAGCUGCGGGAAACGCUGUCGGAGUUGUUGUCGGAGGCGCUGGGGCUUAGCAAAGACUACUUGGCCAAGUUAGAAUGCAUGAAAAGCGAAACUCUGGUUUGUCACUACUACCCGGUUUGUCCCGAACCGGACCUGACUCAAGGCACAACCAAGCAUUCCGACCCGUCCGCCUUAACCAUACUCCUCCAGGACCAUAUCGGCGGCCUCCAAGUCUUCCACCAGAAUCAAUGGGUUGACGUACCUCCAUUGCACUCAGUUCUAGUCGCCAACAUCGGCGACCUCAUGCAGCUUAUUACAAACGACAAGUUCAAAAGUGUGGAGCAUAGAGUGCUGUCCGGAAGCAAUGGUCCAAGAAUAUCAUCUGCAUGUUUCCUGUAUCCGAGCGCCACCCACAGAUAUAAACCCUACGGUCCAAUUCAAGAAUUUCUGUCCGAGGAAGAACCGCCCAAGUAUAGAGAAACUAAUAUUUACGAAUAUCUUUCUUAUUACAGGUCCAAGGGUCUUGAUGGCCACUCCGCCCUUCCUCAUUUUAAGCUGCAGUAUUAACAACUGAAUUUAUAUAUAUGCUAUGUUAUGCAAUGAUAUUAUGGUUAUCACUACUAGUACAAAUUAAAUGAGUGAACUGAUUUGUACUAGUGAGGUUAUACUUAACCUAUAUACUCUAAUGAAUA